GGAAUCUACAGUUUGAUACUACUUCCGGGAAACAUUUACUUUCGGUUGUGCAGUGUUUACAAAUUCCUGUAUUUUCCCUUAAAGUUACGGUUUCCUUAGACUGCUCGACAACAUGUCCCGUGGAUCAAGUGCAGGGUUCGACCGUCACAUUACCAUAUUCUCACCGGAGGGCCGGUUAUAUCAAGUCGAAUAUGCAUUUAAAGCCAUCAAUCAAGGUGGCCUUACAUCAGUUGCUGUUCGGGGUAAAGACUGUGCAGUUAUCAUCACGCAGAAAAAAGUCCCGGACAAGCUCCUCGAUUCCUCUACUGUCACCCACUUGUUCAGAAUCACAGAAAGCAUCGGCUGCGUAAUGUCCGGAAUGACAGCCGACAGCAGAUCCCAGGUGCAGAGGGCCCGUUAUGAGGCAGCUAACUGGCAGUACAAGUAUGGCUACGAGAUCCCCGUGGACAUGCUGUGCAAGAGGAUUGCAGACAUCUCUCAAGUGUACACGCAGAACGCUGAGAUGAGGCCGCUUGGCUGCUGUAUGAUUGUCAUCGGUAUGGAUGAGGAGCUGGGGCCUCAGCUGUACAAGUGUGACCCUGCGGGUUACUACUGCGGCUUUAAGGCCACGGCAGCCGGUGUCAAGCAGACAGAAGCCACCAGCUUCCUGGAGAAGAAAGUCAAAAAGAAACUGGAUUGGACUUACGAGCAGACAGUUGAGACGGCAAUAACGUGUCUGUCCACGGUGCUCUCAAUCGACUUCAAGCCGUCAGAGAUCGAAAUCGGUGUCAUCACAAAGGAUCAGCCCAAAUACAGGAUUCUUACUGAGGCAGAGAUCGACACCCAUCUUGUAUCCCUGUCUGAGAGGGAUUGAAGAGGCCCUGACCACUGACGUAUUUGCGAGUUUGUGCUGCGCUAAGCUCAUACCUGAGCAGUGCAGCAGCCCCCCGUCCUUGUCCCAGCCCAGGAAGCACUACAACACACAGCUGGCUGCUUUUGCAUGGAUCAGUCAGGCAACCCCCUUUUUGCUGUUUAUUUAGCUUUUUCAAUUUCUGGUUCAAUAAAUACUUUUUUGAA